AUGCAGCCCCCCAACUCUCUGGGCCGCCUGGAAGAAUCCCCACGGCUGCCCCUUCCCCAAGCGCAGCUUGCUUCCCCACGUAGGCAAGCAGACUGCAAACGCUGCAAAGCCUCCCAGGCUGGCAAGGGCAGAAAGCCCAGAUAUGAAGGUUUGCCAGUAUGCUUGCUGUUGAAUUUGAGAAGGAAGAACGUUCCAGAUGUGAUCAGCAGCAUCAGGCAGGCUUCCAAAGCAGCCCUCAAGGAGGACGUCAAACCCAGUAAAGACAGUGAAGAUGCCUUCUACAACUCCCAGAAAUUUGAGGUCCUCUACUGUGGGAAGGUGACCGUGGCUCACAAAAAGGCCCCCUCCACGCUGAUCGACGACUGCAUCGAGAAGUUCAACCAGCACGAGCGCCAGCGCCUGAAGCUGCUGAGCGAGCAGCGCAAUGCAGAGUCCAGCGCCGACCUUGCUGAGAACGAAGGCGACGCACCGUCUUCUCCUUUGGACAGUCCCUUUGAGGAGAUGGAUGGCAUGGACACGACUGCCGGUAGUCAUGCUGGGAUGUUUACGCUUGGGAGCCAGACUAAUCUGGCGAGCCUGGCUAGCUCCCGUCUCUCUUUCCCCGAGCGGAUUUUGGAGGAUUCUGGGUUUGACGAUCAGCAGGAGUUCCGCUCCCGAUGCAGCAGCGUCACGGGUGUUAUGCAAAGGAAGGUACAUGACAGUGCCUUAAAAACACAGCCGCGGAGACGACACGCAAGUGCCCCCAGCCACGUCCAGCCCUCUGAUUCUGAGAAGAACAGGACGAUGUUAUUUCAGGUUGGCCGAUUUGAAAUUAACCUCAUCAGUCCAGACUCUAAAUCUGUUGUCUUUGAGAAGAACUUUAAAGAUAUCUCGUCAUGUUCUCAGGGCAUAAAAAACAUUGAUCACUUUGGUUUUAUUUGUCGAGAGUCUACUGAACCCGGCAUCAAUCAGUAUGUUUGCUAUGUAUUCCAGUGUGCGAGUGAGUCUUUGGUUGAUGAGGUAAUGCUCACUCUCAAGCAGGCCUUUAGCACCGCUGCUGCACUCCAGAAUGCCAAGACUCAAAUUAAACUGUGUGAGGCCUGUCCGAUGCACUCCCUGCAUAAACUCUGUGAAAGGAUUGAAGGUCUUUACCCACCAAGAGCCAAGCUUGUGAUUCAGAGACAUUUGUCAACUCUCGGUGACAAUGAGCAAGCUGACAUCUUUGAACGUGUCCAGAAAAUGAAGCCCGUUAGUGACCAGGAAGAAAAUGAGCUCGUGAUCUUACAUCUGCGGCAGUUGUGUGAAACGAAACAAAAGACGCACGUGCACAUUGGCGAGGCACCGGCGAAUACCUGCAACAACUCAGUUCCCGAAAUCGCAGCAAGCGGCGGCAGGUUCAAACUUGACGUUCUGAAAAACAAGGCCAAGAAGUCCUUGACUAGUUCUCUGGAAAACAUUUUCUCAAGGGGAGCUAACAGAAUGCGUGGCCGUUUGGGGAGCAUGGACAGCUUUGAAAGAUGCAACAACCUCUCCUCAGACAAAGACUGCUCCUCUGGGGAGUCUCCUCCCCCCACUCCCCCGGGGUCGCCAAUAUCCUCAGCUUGGCAGCCGUUUCCCGAAGAGGAUUCCGAUUCGCCUCAGUUCAGAAGACGGGCGCACACCUUCAGCCACCCGCCGUCCAGCGUGAAGAAAAAGAUCUCCUUCCAAGACGGGAGGUCCCAAAGUGUCAAGUCUCCUCUCCUGAGACAGAACUCCGUGGAACAGAGCAGGCCGACACUUGCCCGACGUACUCGCAGUGAGAGUGAAUCAUCUGCUCCAUCCAGCCUCCCUUCUUCCUUCUCUGCCCCAUCUUUCCUGAAAAGCUUUUACCAGAGCUCAGGAAAGCCACCUCCUCAGUCUGAAAAUGAACUUCCCAAGAGUAAUGGGGAAAGACGAAAAAGGACGUCUUCGGUCUGCAGCAAUGACUCCGUAAAUGCCGGUGGAGUCCCUCUUACCCCACGCCGGAUCUCCUGGCGACAGAGAAUCUUCCUCAGGGUAGCGUCCCCCAUGAAGAAGUCUCCCUCAGCGAUGCAAAAUCAAGAUGGAGGGGACGGGAGCGAAUUGUUACCCCUGUCUCCCCUUGCGCCAUCUUUGGAAGAAGACCCCCUGGCUUCCAUAUUGCAAAACGAUGAUGCCCAAGACAGGACUGGGGAGAAGAAGAACUCUGAAGAGCUGCAGAGCCUGUGGAGAAAAGCUAUCCAUCAACAAAUACUGCUGCUUCGGAUGGAAAAAGAAAACCAGAAACUGGAAGCGAGCAGAGAUGAGCUUCAAUCGCGAAAGGUUAAAUUGGACUACGAGGAAGUGGGUACUUGUCAGAAAGAUGUGAUCAAUGUCUGGGACAAGAAGCUCUUAAACUGCAGAGCCAAAAUCAGAUGCGACAUGGAAGACAUUCAUGCGACUCUGAAAGAUGGUGUACCAAAAAGCCGCCGGGGAGAAAUCUGGCAGUUCCUUGCCGUGCAGCAUCGUGUCCGACAUCGGCUGUCGAACAAGCAACAGCCCCCCGACAUCUCCUACAAAGAGCUCCUGAAACAGCUGACGUCUCAGCAACACGCAAUCCUUGUCGAUCUAGGCAGGACCUUUCCGACGCACCCUUAUUUCUCUGCUCAGUUGGGAGCAGGGCAGCUUUCACUCUUCAAUCUCCUGAAAGCCUACUCCUUGCUGGACAAGGAGGUGGGCUAUUGCCAAGGUAUCAGCUUCGUGGCCGGAGUGCUGCUUCUCCACAUGAGCGAAGAGCAAGCCUUUGAAAUGCUGAAGUUCCUCAUGUACGACCUGGGCUUCCGGAAGCAGUACAGGCCGGACAUGAUGUCGCUGCAGAUCCAGAUGUACCAGCUGUCCCGGCUUCUCCACGACUACCACAGGGACCUCUACAACCACCUUGAAGAGAACGAAAUCAGUCCCAGCCUUUACGCCGCACCUUGGUUUCUCACCUUACUUGCUUCGCAGUUUCCAUUGGGAUUUGUAUUUGAGAUGGAUAUUUCUAAACAGCUUCACGCCUAUGAAGUAGAGUAUCACGUUCUGCAGGACGAGCUUCAGGACGACUCGAAUCCAUGCGAGAAUGGCGAGGCUCCGGAGAAACUCGAAAGGGUGAACAAUCAGCUUAAGAGGCAGAACAUGGACCUCUUGGAGAAACUGCAGGCAGCUCACACUCGACUCCAGAGCUUGGAAUCCAGUUUGGAAGACGUCUUGGUGCGAGAGAGCAAAAUGAAGAGCCUGAUCCUGUCCCUGGAGCACGAGAAGGCGCUUUACCGAAAGGCUAUCGAGAAGAUCUGCCAGUACCUCCCCACCGAGGCCCUGUCGGCCUGCGAGCAGCUGCUGAAGGAGGUGGACUGCCACCCAAACAUGAUCUAGAAAUAAGCCAUAUAUCGAGAGUUGCGGGCGACGCCGUUUCUGACAAUAAAGGAAAGAGACAGACCGGCCGCUGUGGAGGGUAUCUGCUCCGCCUCACACGGGUACUGGGAUCCUUAGAGCAUCAAGAGAGGCCUUUUCAACCUUGAUAUGCAAAUCCCAGGCUAAAUGUUUUUUUUUUAAUAGUGCGUGUAUGUAAACUGCAAUGCAAAAAGAAAAGAAAAAAGGUCAGAUCUAAUGAAGACAAUUAGAUAUGUAUUUAGGAUUGAUCUAAGGGGGUGGUGGGGGAUGAAAUUUCGCUCGCGGAAACUGGUGGUUGACUUUUGGAACGUCGACCUCAGUACGUUUUUCUUGACCUGUAGUCAAAGGAACACUGUUGUGUCUUUCUAUACAUUAAUUAAUACUUGAAAAGAAACAAGAAUGUAAUUUUGCCCCCCUCCAAAGAAUAGCAUGUUUCUCAUUGUAGUGUGGGGGGGCUGCUUUUGUAGAGGCAGUGAUGGAGGUGGGGGAGAUGAGGGGAUCCGAGCGAAAUCCCCGCGAGCUCUUAUGUGCCUGUAAUAAAUCCUAUGGACAACUUCCUCUAUGUAACAGUAAUACCCGCUGGCUGUCCAGAUGUGAUUUUGCUGCUGAGAAUCACUGUUGCCAAGUUGCUUCCCCCCCCCCGUACUUCCAA